AUGGUGACAGCGUCUUUUCAAAUUGGAGCAUAGAGCAAAGGUUUAAAAAAGGUUGAUUUUUACCUCAUUGGCAUAAAGUUACUAGCAAAUUUAACAAGAGACUGUUUUCUUGAAGGUACAAGUUUGUUCGGAGCUUUAAAUUCCAUUUUCAAGAUGGAGCACAUAGCUACAGUCAACAAAUUUCUUCUAGUGGCACGGUUUCUGUUGGUAUUGCUACCUCAGAAUGGGUACAUACACCCUGAUGAAUUCUUCCAGUCGCCCGAAGUUACAGCCAGUGAUAUUUUUGGAACCAGUGUUUCAAGAACUUGGGAAUGGAAUGCAAAGUCGCCAACAAGAACAAUUAUCUUCCCAUAUCUUUCAUCUGGAAUUCCAUUUAUGGUAGCUAAGCUCUGCAACUCUUUUUUGGGCAUAGAUGUUACAACUACAACUCUACUGAUAUUGCCCAGGAUUUUCAUGGCAGCAGGAACAUAUUUCAUUGACAAAGCCAUUCAAUUUCUUGCUGGAAAAGUUUACAAAGUAGGACCUGGUGGCAAAGAUUGUCAGGAGGGAGUUGAGACAGCUUUGUUUCUGUUCAGGUCCUCAGCUGUCACUUUGGUUUUCCUGACAAGAACCUUUUCAAAUGUUUGUGAAACCGUUAUUUUGUCACUGUUUUUAUGGAAAGCAGUGUCCCAAAUAAGCAAAAAAAACUUCAAUGAUGGCCUUGGCUCCACGACAAUAUUGCUCACGCUUAUGGUUACAUUUGGAUUUUUUAUCAGACCAACACUGAUUUUCUUUGUUGCAUUUGGGAGCAUUGCUUAUGUUUUUAUUUGUUAUAGAAAUGGCAAGAUAAUUUCACAAGCUUUGCUGGCCGGGGUGACAUUAUUCAUUGCUAGCUUGUCCAUCAUAUGCUUAGAUUCAAUGUACUUUUCACAAGGUGAAAAAUUCAAGUUUAGUAUCACCCCAUUGAAUAUGAUCAAGUACAAUCUAGAUGAAGCCAAUUUGCAAAUGCAUGGAGAACACCCAAGAUACCUUCACUUUCUUGUCAAUCUUCCACUGCUGUUUGGUCCACUAGUUUUAAUGUUUUCAUUUGCUUCAUAUAUGCUUUUUAGGAAGCCUAGAAAUUCUCCUGCUGGUAGUGAUAUGCCAAUAAACAAAGGUGCAGCUUCACUUUUAGUUGCAUCAGCAUGGUCUGCUGUCUUGUCCUUGUCAUACUUCAAACAUCAAGAACCUAGGUUCAUUAUACCAAUAAUAACUCCAGUUUGUUUGAUAUCACCAUGGUUUCUUGCAAGAUAUCCUGGUGCCUGGCGAAGAUUCUUACAUUUUUGGUGCAUUUUUAAUGCAGCUUUGGUUGCAUGGUUCGGCUUUGUACAUCAAGGAGGCAUUGUUCCCUGUUUGUCUCAUCUUAGAGAAGAAAGUAGAAUGGACUUGAAAACUGAAGGAAUCAAAUGUGUUAAGUAUGAUGUGAUAUUUUGGUAUACAUACAUGGCUCCAAAGCAUCUGAUAAAUGUUGGAACAAAUAGAUCUUUGGCAGAUAUAGCAGUGCAUAAUUUAGGUGGGAAGACAGAGAAGGAUGUUAAAAGUUUAAUCAAAGAACUUUCAGACCAGUCAAAAAAUUAUCACUUGAAAAAAUGCAAAAACUUGAUUUAUUUAGCAGUACCAGCAACAAUAGACAUUUCAGGCUUGAAGACCUUGGAUCCACAUUUGAAGCAAAAAUUCUUUCCUCAUAUAUCUGUAGAGGCAUCUCCUUGGGACUAUGCUCUCCAUCAAAUAAACAAUGUUAUUGCAUCAAUGAUGAAUGAUUUUGGCAGUGGGCUUCAAGAUGGAAAGAAGUUUGCCAUAGAAAUGAAAAGUCUUAUGUCACUUGACUUGUAUACAAUGACAAUAUAAAAGCCAUAAUUUGAUCUUAAGAAAGACUUUGAUAUAAAUGUAAAUUUUCUGGCAUUGUAUUUAUUCCAUCAUAUUUAUUUUGCAACAAAAAAAUAAGUAGUUCUAUGAGCUACAGUCUUCCAAUUGACUAGUUUUUUUAUAAUGUUUGAUGAUUGUGUUGAAGGAGCAACUGUAUAGAUGCCAUGUGCUGCUUGUUUUAUAUUUGCAGCCCAAAGAACAGUUGAAGUAAUG